AUGACGACUAUUCCCCCAGAGAUUAUAUAUCAAAUAUUGACCUAUCAGUUUAGGGACUACAUGAAUAAUGACCAUCCAAAUAGUCCUGAGAAGUUCAAUGAGAACUUGAGGAUGUUUUUGAGGAGCAAUCUAACGGUUAAUAAAUAUUUUUAUCAUAUCUGCAAGAUCUUAAUCUAUCGUUAUUGUAAUUUUACCACUGCAAAACGAUUCAAUAGCAUUUUAAAUACUUUUAAACAAAAUGAACUGAUAAGGAAUAUUAUAGAAGUAGCAGAUUUUCAAGAAUUGACAUCUAUUGGAUUAGGUCGUACUGGUGAAAUGAACAAAUUGAUUAAGAAUCUAACGAAUGAAACUUUAUUUGAAUUUUUGGAUUUGACUAAAUCUACUUUAAGGGAAUUUUUGGCAUGUGAGCAUAUACAAGGAGAUUUAGAUUGUAAUAUUAUUUACAUGUUGUUGAAACCUGGAACAGUUUUGAGUGUACUUGACUUCUGUGGAUGUUCAGGUGCUGCAUUCACAGAAGCUUUUAUCAAAGGCUUAGAUAAAUUAUACGAAGAUAAGAAAGGAAUAGAUAAUGCAGAGCCAAUUGAGACUAAUUAUCAAUUAUCUUGCUUAGGUUUAAAUGAUUGUACAGAUUUACCACCUAUUGUCAUAUCAAGAACGAUUAGAUUAUUUCCAGAACUUCAAAAACUUGAUUUAUCCCAUACAUCCAUAAGUGAUGAUACUAUAAGAAACUUUCCUCAUUUUAGGAAUUUGACCCAUUUAUCUUUUGCAAUGUGUUCAAAAGUUAGUACCAGAGUACUAUUGGAGUUUUUUGCUCACCACCCUGCAGUUUCUGAUGAAAAUAAUCUGAGUACACUGGAGUGGUUAAAUGUAAGAGUUUCUCCUCAUGCAUCAUCUUGGACAGAAGUGCAUACUAUGUUUUUGUUAAAGAAACUAUGCAGAUUUGGACAUAAUAAAACUUUGCAAUAUUUAAAUAUUGGAGGAUUCCCAAUCCAUGAAUCUGAUAACAUGGAAAUUAUUAAAACAAGAUAUUAUUAUAAAUGCCAAGACACACUACGAUUUAUCAAGUGGAAUUUCCUGAAGCUAAGGAGCUUAAGCUUAAAAGAUAAUAAUAUUCCAAUAGAAACAUUAUGUAAAUUUUUGUCUAUUGAAUCAAUGAAGGAAGAUGACUUAAUUACUGAAUAUGAAAUGGGAGGGCUUACGAUGAAUAAUAAAAUAUCAAAAGAGUCAAAAACAUUUUUUUCUCAGAAGCUAAAAUAUUUGAACAUAUCAAACAACUCAUUUAUUAACAAAUGGACCAUUCAAAAUUCUAAUUUAUUUACCAGUUCUCCAUAUUUACAAGCAUUAGAGGUUUCAUUUGAGGCAUGGCGUGUUGUAGAAAGUUUGAAUGAAAAACAUGAAUUAACUGCAUAUAUAUAUGCUAAUCCAGAUUCGAAUAUUAAAGACAUUGCUGCAGUGAAAGAAGUCAAAUGGAAAUGUUAUUUAGAUUCAUCAUAUGGUAGAAGAUAUUGGUUAUAUAAAGCAGAUCCAUAUUUAAAUCGUGGGGAUCUGGAUUCAGUUAGUAAUAUAAUACGAUAUGAUCAGCAAGGGAAUAAAAUAGUGGAUAUUGUUAAACAGCCCGAUUUUCUUAAAUAUGCCCAGGCCAAAAUAAUGUUAGGUUGUGGAUUAGCACCUCUGAGCGGAGUAAGAAGAAGAAAAUGUUACAGAGAUUCCAAACCACCAAUUUCACAUUUUCUGUCGAGAAACGGUGGCAUAUCUUUUGGUCAAAGGGCAGAACCCAUCAGAACACCAAGAUUACCUCCAGGUGGCUGGAGAAUGGUUGGAAAUGAUGGCCGUCAUACUGAACUAGCAAACAUCGGAGAACGUCAGGAAAGAACCAUACGCACAAUAGGCGAAAUUACUCCAAGUACUAAUCACCACCCAAGAGAAGAACCAUUAAUUCCACGACCAGGUCUACUGAGAACAGCGAAUACAGCUGGUUUGUAUUGGGAUAGAUCUAUGCAAGACAUCCAUGCAUUGAGCAUAGAUCCCGGUGUCCAGGAAAUUGAGAUGGGAAAUUCCAGUGAACUGACUGUAGGAGACAUGUUGCAUUCGAAUUUAGCUGACGAAAUUGAAGAAAAUGAUGAAGACUAUUUACUGGACCCAAGUUUACAAAGACGUAGAUCUCACUUACAUUUGAUGAGGUCUUAUUUCUCUCACAGCAACCUUGAUCUAAGCGGAACUGGAAACCUAGAAACACAACAACUGCAUAAAAAACAAUUGAAACCAAGAAAUGCAAAAAACCUCAAUUAUGACCAUCCAGAUAGUUACGUGUAUGAUAAAGAAGAUUCUGAAAUUACAAAAAGAUACAGGAUGCAUUUCGAACAAGUCAACGAAUAUCAGGUGUUCGGUUCGAUCGAACGUGGUAUGUACAGAUAUUAUAGUCUGAAAACAUAA